UUUUUUUUUUUUUGCGUUUCCUGCUCUCUCAAUUCCAGUUGAUUUUCAAACCCUACCACACAAAAUGACGGAACUCUUUCUUGCCAUUUCCCUCGUCGGACUGACCAUCUCGGUCGUCAUGCUCGUGCAGGAGCGCAGCAAGCACGCCAAGGCGCUGAGCCAGGCGCGCGAUGAGAUGGCCAAGGCGACGGCCGAGGCCCUUGCGCAGGAGCGCGCCAAGCUCGCGACCACGGGCGCCGAGACUGCCGAGGCGAGCAGCAAGGCGCUGGACGAGCGCUGGCAGGCCAAGCUGAAGGCUGCGGCGGCCGAGCACGAGAAGGCGCUCGCGACGGCCAAAAGCCAAGCAACAGCUGAGAUCAAGCGCGCUGACGAGGCGCAGGCUGCCCUCGCUGCUGCCCAGACCAAGCACAAGCACGAGCAGAGUCAGGCAAGCCAGGCCAAGGCCACGUCGGAUGCCCACGGCAAGCGCGCCGAUGAAGCGCAGGCUGCGCUGACCGCUGCGCAAGCCAAGCACAAGACCGAGCUCGAGUCGGCCCGCCAGCAAAUCAAGACCGAGUCUGAUGGCCACGCUAAACGUGCUGAUGAAGCGCAGGCUGCUCUGGCUGCCGCACAGGCCAAGCACAAGACCGAGCUCGAGUCGGCCCGCCAGCAGAUCAAGACCGAGUCUGACGGCCACGCCAAGCGCGCCGAUGAAGCACAGGCUGCUCUGGCUGCCGCACAGGCCAAGCACAAGUCUGAAGCGGACGCGCAUGCCAAGCGCGCGGACGAGGCCCAAGCCAGCCUCGCCGCUGCCCUCACCAAGCACGCCGCCGAUCUCGAGCAGGCUCGCAAGUCUGCCGCCGCGGAUGCCAAUCCCCAGGCAGCCAUCGACCUCGCACUGCGUCAGGCUGCUGACCAACACGCGGCCAGCUUGCAGCAACAGCAAGCCACCCUCGAGAAGAAGCGCGUCGACGAGCUGGCCGCUGCCCAAGCCUCGUUCGAUGCCAAACUUGCCGCUGCUGCGCAAAAACACCACGCAGAGUCGAAGGCCGCACAGGCUCAGUCUGCCGAGUCGCAAGCUGCUCAGUCCAAAGCUGCCGCCGAUGCCGCCGCUCUGGCGCUCCGUGUCAAGACACUCGAGGCGGAGCUCGCUCCCUCUCAAGCUCGGUUGGCGCAACUCGAGGCGCUCCUGAGUGCUCAGCAGAAACAGGCUGGCCUUGAUUCGCGCAUUGCCGCCCUCGAAGGAAGCAUGACUUCGUCGUUGACUGUGCUGAGUGCGAUUGAAGCGCAAGUCAAGCAACUUGCCAGCGCUGCAUCCAUGGCAACUGCUUCUCACUCGGCGUCUUCUGGCGCUAGCAAGUCGAGCACGACUGCGUCGUCUUCUGCUUCUGCUUCUGCUUCUGUUUCUUCUGCUUCGUCGUCGUCGUCGUCGUCGGCGUCAUCGGCAGCUGCGGCGACUAAAGCUCCUGUGAAGACUGCUGCGCCUGCGCCGAAAGCUGCCAACAACGCUUCCCAGGCCUCUCCAGCAGACUCUGGCGCUCUGGCAUCGCGAAUUGCGCAUCUUGAGGCGGAUAACCGAUCGUCCGAAGCGCUGCUCGACUCGUUGGAAGCCGCCGUGCGCUCAAAGCUGGCAGCGGCCGCCAGCGCAGCUCGUGCCGGCGAAGAGGCGCAUCUCAUCGACAACCUGCAAUCGCAAAACCAAAAGCUCGUCCACGAUCUCGGCUCCGUCCAGGAGAAGCUGGCCGAUCUGCGUGAGGAUUUGGUGCAUCUUCGCGCCCAUAUGGUUCAUGCCUAAGCCUCCUGCUUGUGCUUCCGUUUUUGAUCUUGUUGUUUUCGUUCGUGAUUGACGUUUGCCCCGUUGAUGCUCGAGUUUCAGCGCAUCUGUACCUCGACAACAAGUUUUUUUCCCUCUCUCCCUUUGUUCUUUCCGAUGAUCAUGUUCGUGCCAUGCACCGAAAAAAAAAAUGUAUGCAUUUUCUUGCCA